UGUUGCGCAGGCCUCGGUCCGUUCUUAAUUUUUUUCCCAGUUAGAUGGCCACCACAUUGACUUCCGGUUACGUUGCUCAGUCCGACAUCGCUUCCGGUGACGUAGCGGCAGUCGGAAAUUGGGCAAUGAACAGAGUGGAUAGCCCCCCUCGGUCUCCGUAGGUACGAAGGGAGCACCACGGGGGGGACCCGCUCUAGGGGGUAUGCCCGUUAGCCAUCAGGAGGCAGAUGGGGUCCAUAUGAAGGCUGUGGGGUUCGUGGCAGAGGCUCAAAAGGGGACAAGCUUGGCUCAAGAUGCGGGGCAGAAAGGGCAUCUGGAUGCAAAUGCAGGUGGAUCGCAAGGCCGUACCAGGGCUUCCACCAUGGCUGGCAAUAAACAUGAUUAAGGUCAGUUGGUGACCGAAACGUCGUUGUUCCAUGUGAUGUCUCACUAAUAAAGGAUAUUGGUAUAUACCUAGUGGUGCUGCUGUCUUUCACACAUUGCAAUAAAGGUGGGGAAGCCGUUAGGGCCCCCUCCUCAUGCUUGCGGCCUACAUCAGGGGCGAACAAGGCCAAGGUGGCCCCUUUGUGCAGUGCGGAAAAAAGUAAGGGGAAGGCCCCCACGGCUCGAGCAGGGCCUAAAGGGACACGAGCAACUGCAACCUCGAGUAGCAAGGCCACUUGCCAGGAAUUGCAAGUCGCAGGACUGCAGGGUUCGGUAUCGCCCAACAGGACUGAAGCAGCUGGAUCAGGGCAAGUGGUAAUGAGGGGGGCAGUUAAGAGAGGGCAUGUUAAGAUCAGCAUCAGUCCAGGCGAGGGUUUAGUGGGCAGUGAGUACGGGGAUGUAGGCCCAGUAAGGGCGGCUCGCACACAAAGGCGUAGCACGGCUCUCAGGUUUGUGGAUAAAUAUGAAUGUGUGCCAACUGCCAGAACGGAUGAGGAGCCUAAUUUGCAGUUUGGUGUGAGUGACAGUGACCAGGAGGGUGGUCAGGAAUGCGGGGCUGGGGAGGAUAGGGAGGAGAGGGCUGCCUCUUCAUGUGGUACUCCCCUCUUGUCCUCUGUGUUUCAGGUUCCAAUAGCAUCUUCAUCUGGCAGGGAUGCUGCACAGCAGAGGUCUCGGGCUCUUGUUCCCAGAGCAGCGACAAUGUGAUCUGAUGACCCCAGCCCAUCGGUAUCCGGCCAAGGACCUUUGGCAUCCUCUUCCGAACCUCCUGUCACCAGGGUGCAAACGGGCAUGCAUCCACUGCAACCACCAGGCCAGAGAAUCCCUGAACAGUAUGCUCCCAGGCAUGAGGUGGGAUGGAUUGCCUCUGUUGAGGACCCAUACGUCAUGCCACCAAGUUUUGAAGAGGAGCCCUGGCAGGAGCCCUGGCCGGAGGACUAUUCUUUUGGUUAUGAGGGGCAGCCAAGGCAUCCCCAAAGGGUAGAUGUCUUUACCCCCCCCCUCCCAAUAUCAGGCCAGUCAGGACUUUUACCAACAGGACAUACAGACUGGACAGGCUGAGUGGUUGCACACCAGUCAUCAAUGGGACUACCAGUCCACCCGGAGAGCUCCACCAUCCGCUUCCCUUGGAAGAGCUCCAGCAUAUGAAGAGGAGCAUAUAGCUGUGGUAGUUCCUCCUGCAGCACCAGCUGUCAUUGUUCCUCCUGAAGCACCAGCUCUUGUAGUUCCUCCUGAAGCACCAGCUCUUGUAGUUCCUCCUGAAGCACCAGCUCUUGUAGUUCCUCCUGAAGCACCAACUCUUGUAGUUCCUCCUGAAGCACCAGCUCUUGUAGUUCCUCCUGAAGCACCAGCUCUUGUAGUUCCCCCUAUAGCACCAGCUCUUGUAGUUCCUCCUGAAGCACCAGCUGUUGUAGUUCCUCCUGAAGCAACAGCUGUCAUAGUUCCAGAUGCAACAGCAGCUAGAGGUGAACCUGCGCCUAUAAUCCCUGCUGGUGAACAGCCUGUAGAUCCUCUGACUUCUGCCCUGGGUGACCAAUACAUUGCCCUCCAGAGGAGGCUCACCGCAACCUGCAAGAGAAUGCAGAGAGACCAACGCAGGUUUUACAGGAGCCAACAGACUUUACUCCAGUGUUGCAUUGAGCUGCAACAGGACAUGGUAGCAUCUUUAAGUGGUAUAGGCCAGAACCAAUCUCAGAUGAUGAGAGUUAUUUCGGAUAUGCAGAUGCAGACUGACAACAGAUGGCGGGAACAAAACCAACUGUUGGGUGUGUUGGUGGAACAUUUCACACACCAGCAGGACACUGCCUCCAGCCUCUCAUCUGUGGCCAGCACUCCUGCAGAAUCCUCUGAAUCCACACAACCCAGGAGACCCUGGAGAGCCACUCCAGGCACCUCAGCCCCCUCAUCUAAGAAGCCUAAAAAAAAAAAAAUAUUGUUAUAUUUCAGCCUAAAUCUUGUCCUUUGUUAUUUACCAUAUAAUUGUCAUCCACAUCCAUGUGAGGGGUGUUUUAGUACACUAAUAUUUUUGAAAAAUAUAAUAAGGCCUGUGUGGAAAUGGCCCAAAAAAGGUAAUAUCAUCAUGUUUAUGACAUAUUCAUGUUCUCUAAACCACAUCACAUAGUUGUGUAUGAAGGGUACAUAUAGUGAUAUUCACUUUUAAGAUGUAAAUCAAGGUUUCUCACAUCCAAUAGAAAUUGACCCAUGUGCAGGGAUAGACACGAGCCAAGGCUGUGGCGGACAUUUUCUAAGGUAAAGACUUUUAGUGAAGGACACCUUGCCUAUCCCUGCACAUGGGUAUAUAUAUCUAAAUAAUAAUGUUUUUACAGAAGGUGUGAACAUAAGGUAUAAACAUCCAUUUUCAUUCCUCGAAAUGAUAGUCAAUAAAUCAUAGUGACCAAAACAUGAAUUAAA